AUGCCUAGCCUUCGAAAUCUCACUAUUUCGUCCAUUCUCGCAAUUCUUGAGGUUGUUAACGCUCAAGAGACUGUCGGCUUUGGGCCUGCUUUCUCUCUCGGACCUGUGUCCUCUUCCUCCUGGAUUCGGGAAUCCGUCACAACUUUGGUGCUGCCAGAUAUUCCUUCUCCCAGCGCGGAUCGUCUUGCUCUAUGGGCGGGUAUGGGCACAAGUGGAGGCGAUUUAAUUCAGGCACUGGCUGUUUCAUUUGCAGACCCCAACGCAAACUGCGGCGCAGAGGUCGGACAAUGGUGCACUUGGGCGAGUACUUUGAAGGGCACACAACUUGGCGGCGAGCAGGUCCCGGCGAACCCAGGCGAUGAAUUGACGAUGCACUAUAAGUACAAUGAUAGCACUGGAAACUACGACCAAUCAGUUGCGAUCAAUGGGUCAAUUGUCUCCACUCUCUCGACUGAUGAUGGCGUUGCCCAAGGUUGGGGCACUGCCGUUGAGUGCCAAGAUGACGCUUGCAAGAGCUCGGUACCAGCUCAUCGGUACUUGUCAACAAAGAUCAUUUUGGACACCGCUGAUGCAUCUUUUGGGAACACUCUCGUUCUCACUGAAGCUAGCUCUAGUGGCUUGACGACCACAGAUGGUGGCAAGACUUGGGCCGUGUCCACGAUCAACAUCAAUGCCCACACUUUUACUGACUAA